AUGAACACUGAAGGGAUCCAAAAACACUCGAAAACUGACCCUGAAUUGAUUCAAGUUCGACAAUGCAUCGAGUACAACCAACCCCAUAAGCUUCCACCACAAUACAAACCCAUUGAACAAGAAUUGAGCAUCGCAGACAAUAUCAUACUACGUGGCAAUCGAAUUAUCCUGCCAACAAAAUUGCGAAGCAAAGCAAUCAAAUUAGCACACGAGGAUCAUGCCGGUAUGACGAAAACGAAACAACGCAUCCGCUCUAAGUUAUGGUGGGCCAACAUGGACAAGGACAUCGAACAACACAUUCGAACAUGGCAUGUCAUCCUUGCCAAAUCGUAG